AUGUUCCCUCUACUGUACUCGUUGGCAGUUGCAUACAUCUUAUUGAUUUGCGUCGCUCCUCACUUAUGCCUCGAAAAUAUAGAAACUUGCCCAGAAUUCUGCGAGUGUAAAGGAAUUUCUCCGCUGAAAUAUAUAGACUUGGUUUCUCCUGACACUGAAGAUCACACCAAAAUAAAAAAUACGGACUCACGGGAAAAUGCAAUAAAAAUACCUGAAGCUUUUAAAGUUGGAAUUGGCAUCGAAAACGUAGCUGCCAACUGUCAUGUUACUCCAAAGGAUUUGCCUUUAAAUUGCCCGAAGAGUUGGCGUUACCUUCGGAUUUUACUUACGUACAAGGAAGCUAGUUUUCUAGCUACUGAUCAAACGCACUACAUGAGCAACAUAAAUACUGUUUCUGAAAAGAUUACCCGAAUCACAACUCCGUUUCUCAUGCAAUGCUCCCAAUUGACAAGUUUCGUUGUUACUAGCCUCAUCGAGCGUGAUUUGGUCGUUGCGGUUCCUCAAAUACUGCACUCACUAAGCAACCUAAAGCGUGUUUGGAUUCGUCACCUUCAAUUUGCCAAACACGUUCGCAAAAGAAUUUCGCUUUUUAUCGACACACCUCGUUUAGAGUUUGCAGCCAUCUCGUUUUCUAAUCUGCAAAUGGCUGAAGCCACAAAAGUGCUGGAUGGAGCUCCCGCCACCUUACGCCAAUUGAGAUUGAACAAUCUUGAAAUAUCUGGACGCCUAUCGCCGAAAUUAUGUUCUCAUAUCUGCCAGAAAGAAGAGUCAACUAAUUCAACCAAAGGAAUCAUCUCACUCUACCUAAAUGAAAAUAGAAUAUCAGGCCUCUAUCCGGAAAGCUUUGAAAACUGUAGUCAAUUGAAGGUGUUACAUUUAGCUGGGAAUGAACUUCAGGGGAGUUUAGAGUCCGUAGUCGGCAUGAUGCUGCCUGGACAAUCAAUUGAAUAUAAAAGCCUCGGGAGCAUGCACCCGCUUAAUGAGGUUCUUCUUGCCAGUGCCUUUGUACACAUUCCUCAGCUAACCAUACUCGAUCUGUCCGGAAAUAAAAUAUCCUCGAUCCAAACUCCUCUGUGGUCGGGUGCUAGAAUCGAAAAGGAGACCUUAAAGCUGCGGGGAGGACUUGUUUAUUUACAUCGUCUUUCGCUAUCAAAUAAUAAAUUGCAUUUUAUUUCUCCGGGAGCAUUUGCAGGAUUACCUGGACUACGUGAGUUGGAUCUUACACGAAAUCCAACACUAGUCAGUCCCCCCGUUUAUACGAGCAGGAAUCUAAUUGCUAAUGUGAACGGAUUUGAUCCAAGCGUUUUAUCAGGCAUGCUACUUCUCACUCGUUUAUCCUGGGACCGCCAACUAAUUGCAUGCUUAAGUAGGCCCGUCAUGAAUUCCUUCGAAUACGGUAGCUUGUCUGCUUCUGUGUUUCGCGAACUGAAACGUCUGCCUCUAUGUUCCAAUCAAACAAAAUUUCGUUUAAGAGAAAGUAGGCAAACCAACAGAAUGGGUUCAAUUGUCAUUAAUCAGGAUCUAAAAUAUGCAACUAAAGGCCAUUUUGGAGUCGAAAAGCCUUACAAUACGACCAAUAGAAGAAGUAAUGUAAGUGACUAUCUUGGUCAAAAUAUCGCUGUUGACCUAUUUGCUAGAAUGUUAUCGUUUGGUUGCGUUUGUAUUCUGCUUUUACUGCUUUUUAUUUUGGCUCUUCUUGAGCGAAGAUUUCGUCAGCAUAAACAAAUGAAAGAGUCUAAUACUGGCAAAAAAAUUGUCCUAAAGAUUCACGUAAAGCAAAAGGAUGACUUUUGUGACAGAGAACUGCGUUUAUUUCGUCUUAAAGUAAAUGCCAACAAAAACAUUCCACUAAGCAAAAGACAAGGACAAAUGUGUGGGAAUAUGAUUCUCCCAUAUUUCAAUUCAUAUUGUGUAAAAGAGGAUGUCCAGCCAGAGGGAGUCAGCACCAAACUAAAUUGUAGGGGACUUUUUUCAUCAAACUCAGAGCUUUUGCAAUCAACUAAGCAAUGCUUGCAUUCAAAUACACCACUCACUGAUGACGAAUUAAUUACACUGCAAAUAAAGGAUAGACAGAAUAAUCAGCCAAUAACCACUAUGAACGAUAGAAGCAUUAAGAGUAAAGUUCAACCAACUUACUAA